AUGCCUAAGAGAACUUCACGCUUCUCAAAGAAGGCGAGGUCAGGUCAAGACAAAAACAUGAAUGAAAAUCCGAUUCGGAAAUCGAGCAAAAACUCUAGAAAGCGGAAAGCGGGAACUGAUUCCCUUGCAGAGAGUAAAAGGAAACAGACAGAGAAGGAGAUCGAGGUAAGUUAUAACAAGUAAGAGUAGUUGUUAACUUGUCAGGAUUUUCUAAUUGAAAUGUAUUGACACAAUUAACAAUUAGAAAAUAUCGUAGGAUCAGCGGAGAAGAACUAAUUGAAUAUGUUUGAGUUCUUGAAGUAACGCGCGGAAGCGCAGCUUGUGAAGUUGAUUUCAUCCUUGAUUUUUUGUAGUCUUUUUCAGUAGUUUAUCGGCGAGGGUAACAACUUAAAGAAUCAAAUUUCUCUUCUUUGUUUCUAAAGAAUUUUCUGAAGAUUCAACGAUUCGUCUGCAGUCCUCAACUACCGAGGUAAAUAAAAAAUUGUCAACCUUUAAAUUUAAAUUUAUGGAAACUCUUAUUUUGUUAUACGACUGAACAAAAUCUCCAGCAAUUUUAUGAGAAAGUUUUAACAGCCUCAGCUGUUACAUAUAGAUAGAUAAAUUUUAGUUUAAUACAACUGCGUAGAAGUUCCAGAAGAGUCGUACCAAUGUAGUUUCUACCUGCAUUUGGUUCAUUUUGCCAACGUAGCUUUCAUUUUUCUCCGUGGCUUUGAGUACCUUCCUCGGAGAGCAAAUGGAGAAACUUUCAAAGUCAUGGAGCAGCUCCACAUCAUUUGAAUCAUUUAAUGUUUUCUAAAGCAUUGCUGCUCACCUCGGUGCUGUUUUUCAAGUCAGAAACUGGUUUCACUCCUAAUAAAAUCUUCCGUCCUUCGCAGUUAUGUAUUUUGGCUUAACCGCAAAGCAUGUUUCACCGAUUGGAAAGCGAUUCUCAUAGAAAUGAAAGAAAUGAAUAAAAAAAAACAGUCAAAGGAAAUUUUUCCACAGGAAUUAUGAAAAUUGUGAGUGAAAUGAACUACGAAACGUAUACGCUUAGCAACUGGUUACCCAACGGCUCAGGUAAGUAAAGAAUUUUAUCACAGAAUUAUGUCUUUUAUCUUCUUAGGGAAAUAUCCAAUUGUUCAGGCAUUGUGCCUCAGACUAGUUACUUGCAAAAGAGCAAUGACUGCAAAGUUUCUUCAGACGUCUCAAAUAAAGAGAGUUUACUUGAAGAAAAACAUGGAAAUGUAAAUCCGAUCGCAGAUAAAUCGGAACGAUCCUCUAGAAAGCGGAAAGCAGUAUGUGAACCCCUCGCUGCAAGAAAACGAACCGAAAACGAGAGCAGGGUAAGUAAAUGUUUCACUGAUUGAGUGUUCGAACUUUUGUUUUAAUACUUAUCAAAAUGUCCAAUCGGUAAAAUGAACAUUUUACUAUCUAGCGUACUCGCUUAAAGGAGUGAAAUAGCUAUGGUAAUCCAGCAUUACCUUCUAAUUAAAAGAAAAUUGCUAUGUGAUCAGAAAGCGAGAGGUGAAUAUCAAUCGUCGAUUUCACACCAACUGAGAAAGCAUAUUUUUGCUUUCUUAUUUUCUUACAGGCUUCCCUCGGAAAACAACAACAAGAAAGUCAUGAUAGCGGUUACAAGUUAUUAAGGUAAAUAACAAAAUGAUUUGUUGAAAAUAGUAUGUAAUUCAACUGAUGAUUAACACUGUUGCUUCUUUUACCUUAACAGAAAAAGGUCGAGCUGUGCGGAAGCCAGGCGUCAGGGUAACGCACCGAAAGAAAACAAUAUCAGCGAAGAAUUACCCGAUUAUGAGGCUUUUGAGGUAAAGAAGAAGAAAAAAGGUUGAUAAUUAAGCUUGCAUUUAGCACUUUUAUCCAUUUCUAGAUUUCAUGUCAGAAUGGCAAAAAAGUGUUCGAUGCUGAUGGUUAUUACCUAUCCAUUUUCCCCUGAUUGGGCGCCUAAAGCUACGAUACAAAUGCUUGUGUUCCGUUUGAUUUUUGUAAUUGAAUCAGUUUUCAAGACAGUUGUGAGCAAUUUUAGAACAAACUUUUUCAAAAAUUGUCAUGCCUAAGAAAGCACCAGUAGUUUUGUAGUCUAUGAAGACCAGGAUAAACGAAGACUCGGGUACCAUAAAAAAGAGUAUGACUUAAGGAAAGAGGACUUAAGAUGGAGAUCGAUCUCGUUUGCAGAGUACACUUUGCUUUGCCUCGCAUUUGGAAAAUGCCUCUAAAUAGGAGAAGGGUAACAAAGGCUUUAGAAGCGAGUCUUUCAAUUUUAGCCCCUUCCCCCCCUAAAGGGAGGAAGGGAACAUACUGCUUUAUCAAUUCAUUAACCUUCUAUAAUUCACCGUAUUUUAACAACACGAGACCAUUUUUGUCCACAGACUUUUCCAGGACUUGAAGCAUUUCUCUGUAGCUGUCAUUACAAUAACGUGUUUAUGUUCUUAGGACCCUGAUGAGCCCGACUGGUUGAAAGAUUGUCAUUCUCCAUUAUGGUCACCAAGUUAUGAGCCAGACUACGGCAGUUAUGUGGAAGAAGUUAAAAAUACUGAACCUCCUGACUACAUCAAGGAACUUGCCUCUUCUGAUGGUAUGUUCAUUCCAUUUUUCCCAUUACUGAGAUUAAAUCCUUCCUUAAAUCCUGAAUAAACCUUUUUCUUGUGGAGGAAGAACAUUCACAGGCACUUUCUCUCAAUUUUUAUGACGCCUACAUCGGUCAGGAAAAAAAAUGACGACUUGCCGUAAUAUGACAGCUCAGUGAAAUGCAAAUGCCAGUAAGAAACUGAUGAAGGGCCACUCGUUCUCACCCUACCCUUACUGGAAAAUUGUGCUAAAGCCGACGCGAGCUGUUGUUUAAAUUCAGGCGACUGAUUUCGUUUUAAAACGUUUUCUAAAUAAUGGUAUAUAUGAAAUGAAUGGUUAUCCCGUAUCAAUGUCCUUUUUUAAUAGUUAUAGCGGUGAAAUUUUAAAUACUUCUUUUUUAUAUUUAUUAAUUAAUCGAUUGCUCAUUCAAAUUUUCGCUUCCAUUUUAGCUGAUCUUGCGAAAUACGAGAUAGGAAAACUCCUUGGAUCUGGUUCAUUUGGCCAAGUAGUUGCUGCGACUCGCAAGUCGGAUGAUAAACCAGUAUGUGUCUCAUUUAUCUGAGUAUUGAAUUUAAAGAGGAGUAAACUCAUUCUUUAGAUUUAGCUUUAGGCUGAAAUGAGAAACAAAUUGGUUUCAAGAAGAGCUCUAAAUCUCAGAGCAAACGGUCGAGCUCAAAACCUAAUGCAGAUUUAUUUCCUUGUGUUCUUUCCGAGACAGUUUACUUUUAACAAAGUUUCGCCUCUCUAACUCAGGACACGAAUUGCAACUGGCAAUUGGAUAGAACCAAGCCGUCUUAGAAGGGAAAGAAGGAGGGGGAAGAAGUGUGGUUUCCAGGGAGCUGGUGGUUGGGGCUUUGGCGUGUAUGCAUUAGGUAUCUAACAACACAUAAAUCCUUUUUCAUAGGUGGCGCUUAAGUUUGUAAAGAAGAGCUCUGUGCAAGAAUUUAAAAAGGUUAGUACAAGUUUAAGUUUAUGUAAGUGGAGAUGCUAUCCUCUGUAUUUGUAGCUUGGUUUAUGCCACUAAACAACGUGGAUCAGAGAAAUAACCAUGACAAUAUCAAUCUUAUUGUGUAGUGUCUGGGGGAGAACUUCAGCGGCCAUGAACGUCAUCCGAGAGAUAAUUUUGAAACGGAAAAAUUAAAAUGAUUCAAGACCUGAAAUCACUUUGCAUUCUGUGUUUGAUACAAGCAGGUUGGGAUUGAUUGGAAAUAUUUGAGCAAAUUUAAUAUUGAAUUGCAGUGAUUUAAAUCAUCGUUCGCCUGUCUUGUUUUUAUAGAGCUGUUUAUUUCUUAUGUGAAUUUUUUCUUCCCCUUAAUCAGUCAAGGUGCGUUCAUAAAAAUAUUCAUCUCGGCUGCGGACCGUCACGGAUGCCAAUACAUUCCCGAAAAAUGCGAUCGGAAUAUUGAUUUGUCUCAAGAGUUUAUGACAGUUUAUAAACAGUAUGUCAGUUUGUCUCUGAUGGCGCUGCAUCAAAAUAUAUCACAGUUGCUUACUCCAAAAUAUCAGCGGACUCCUGUUGUCGUUUAGUUUGUAACUGAAACGUAUUAAAAGCAAGAUUAAAUUGUGUUAACAGUCUUAUCCUUUCUCCCCUCCCUUGUUACAGCUGAGUGGAAGAGAAAUCCCGGCGGAGGCUUAUCUGAUGAGUCGAGUGCGUCACCCAAACGUCAUCCAAAUCUACCAACUCAUCUUUACAGAAGAACAUUACUGUUAUGUUAUGGAACGACCAGAAUCCUGCAAAGACUUUUUUGAAUUCAUACAGGACCGUAACUCCGCAGGAAACCCAUUGUCAGAAGAUGAAGUGAGACAAUACUUCACUCAGAUCUUGGAAGCUAACAUCAAAUGCGAAGAAAAAGGUGUUGUACACCGCGACCUCAAGCCUGAAAAUAUCUUGCUGGAUUUGACAAAUGAUGAAGUGAAGUUGAUUGACUUUGGGUUGGCAUCUGAGAUACAAGAAGAGCCUUUUGAAAGCUUUAGAGGUAAGAACUGUUCCGUAACAGAAAUCUGUUUUGAGUGAUCUCAACUCCCCAUAACGUAGAUUAAUCAGGCAUCCAAACAUCUAAGAUCCCAGAAAGAAGGCCAGCCCAGUUGACAGAUCUUGUACCAAAACGACCCUUCAGUCUUUGAACCCAACCCCUUUAUUUUUAGUAUCUCAUUUUUUUAUUGCUGAUAUUCGUAGUCUCGAUUUCGCAUCUCAUAACAUUACAUAAUGUUCCAAUUAAAUCAUACAUUGCAUCACGCCACGUGACAGAAGUGGAGGCCAGGAAUAUGGACCAUGUAGGAGUACGGGUAGAACCUCCACAAUUUUAUAUUUAUAUUUGAUAUCUAAUUAGCUAUCAAUAAUUUUCCUUUAGGUACGAAUCAAUACAUGCCCCCUGAAUUCAUGAAAACAAGUAAAUAUGACGGUUGCGAGGCAACUGUAUGGGCGAUGGGAAUCCUCUUGGUCGAUAUGUUGUCACCCGUUAUUUCUGCAUUUGAAAAACCACAACAUUGCCUAAGCAUGGAGCCCAGAAUACCUCAACACUUUUCAUCAGGUGUGUAUUAGUUUGGUUUAAAUGUACACUUAAAAUCGCUUUCUUCAACUGUUCAGUAUCAUAACGAGCACUUAGUGGAAUUAAAAAUCUUCGGAAAUUCUGGUGUGAUGGUCGGACAUCUUCGCCCUCAAUUAUCGGUCAAAGUCUAUAGGAACUGUUACUGGGUCAUUGUUGGUUAUCGCCAUCCAAGCUGGCUGAGGAUGACGUAGGGAAUUACUUUGCCUCGACACAAAUGAAAUGGCUCCAUUUACACUAUUUAGAGAUAAAUCCGGCCAUUGAGAUAACCUAGGGUAAGAUUCUUUGGGUUUCGAACUAUUUCCCUUAAGUACCAAGAGAUUGCGACCCUUGAUUUCCUAAGAGAUGAUGCAGUGAUUUUAAGGGCACUAACCGUGAAAAUCUGACUCAAAUCAAUAAUUAUCUGUUUUUUCUUUUUAAAAUAGAGGUCAAGAAUGUUGUAUACAUGUUGUUGAAUCCCGAAGCAGAUCAGCGACCAACUCUUAAACAAGUUCUGCAGCAUCCCUGGUUCUCAAUGGAAGUCUAA